CUGAUGCGAAAGCGGUGGAACGUCCCAUCUGAAUACGGAUUAAGGCAGAGCAUUAAAACUCACAUUGAGCCUCAUGUGCUUUCCGCCAACCCUGUCCCGCUCAUAUUUGAGCCAGUCAUUCAGACACGGCUGCAGUCAACAUGAGCGUCUCCGGAAUCCAUCAAGGAACACUCAGAAUGUAUGGUGGCUUCCUCUUCAAACAAUGGAAGAAGAGGUUCUUGCUUCUGACAGCUGAAGGCAGCCUCCAUGUGUGUCACCAUGCUUCAGCACCACCCGAUCAGAUGGUUUUCUUGCACAGCAACUGUGAGGCCAUUGUGGAGGGCAAGGAGAUCCUUGACCUACCAAAGCUACCCGCCGGAGGAAGUCGAGAUUGCUGCUUUGCGCUCAUCUUGACCCAAAAUAAAUACCUGCUCCUUCUGACUGACACCCCUGGCAAUUGCAGUCAAUGGCUGAAUGUGCUGAAAAAGGUGAAACAGAGUGUUUCGUCGCCUCUAGGUCUUUGCAAGCGACAUCAGGUUCCGCCACUCUGCAUUGCUUUGAAAGACCUCGUGCCAGACCAAAUCCACGAUAAAGAUACAGCUCCUCUACCAAUCAACAACGGAGAGGUCCUUUCGCCCGGGCCUUUGAGUGGCUCCCCAAAGGACAAAGGCAGGAGCUCUCCACGUUCCAAGUAUUACAAGGCAGGGGGCCACUCAACAGGCUGCCUGCGUCACGGCACCAUCAACAACGCUCAGGCAAUGAGGGCCGUGUACCUGCUGAUGGGAGGAGCGGCCGCAUCCUCCGCCAUGGGUUACCUGGGCGCGUGUUCACCCUCUGGGUUGGACACCAAAGCGGCCGACUUGCCUCUCAACGCGGAUUUCUCAGACAUCGGGGGACCGGCAGGGGCGUACCACACGGACAGCCCUAACAUCACCUCCCCUCACUUUAACAGCUUUGACUUUGAAAUGGCAGACAGCGACUUUAAUGCUUUUGAUUGUGGCAGCUUUAUGUUUUGACAGGCUGCUGUUUGCUUUCAUGACAGCCCUCCACUGUUCAUUUACUGUAAUGACAUCAGAAUCUCACGGUCUGAUAUUAUCUUGCAAUUUUCUUAUAGUAUGAUAAAUACUGCAAUAUCGUGAGAAGGGCUGACGAUACAGGUUAGUUGGAGGGCUAUGUAUAUACAGUGCAUAUAGAGAGACCCAUUCCCAAUUCCCAUGCUGUAUGUGCAUUGCUAUCACUAACAUGCCACCCAAACCUUGUUUACUCUUCAUCUAAUUUUGUACGUUUGUUGUACUUGCAUUGUUUGUACACGAAGUUGAAAGAAAUCUUGUUAUGUGUAACUGGAAUUUUUAAAUGGAA